AUGACGACAGUCGAGACCCAGAAGGUUUUGGCGGGGCUCAUCGGCUCCCUCGCCUCAUCGAUGGUGUCUCUGCGUCAUCUUCACAGCUUCAAAGUGGGUGAUUCAAGAAUCGAAGUUCCCUUGAAUGGUUCCUCUCCACAGCCAAGCGAUAAGAGGGUCGUCUUAAACUUAUUGAAUGCAAUUUACCAAACUCAGUUCCUUGUGCUCUGGGACAAGGAGGGACACGCCGCCGAGUUCAUGAAUAAGGUGAGCAAAUACAGGCUCUUUAGCAGUCAGCAGGAAUGGCUUAUCAUUCUUCCGAGAAAUGUCACGCUGGAACACGUCACGCGGCAGCUGUCACAAGCCCGCAUCUACGUUAACAGCGAGGUAAUCGUGUGCAGCUAUAGAGAGAAAAGCAACGAAUCCUUCGAUUUAAGGGAAAUAUGGAAAGUCGGAAAGGGAGCGCCCUUCCAGAUCAGGCCCAUUGGCAGCUGGUCUUGGGAAACAGGACUGCAGUACCUUCCAAUCUUGGAGAAAUACGAGAGACGAAAGGACCUUCAAGGCUUCCAUCUGAGAGUUGCUACCAUCAUUACGAUGCCCUACGAAAGCAUCACCCAGAACGAGACUCGCCAGAACUUCCGGGAAGGAUACGUCGUGGACGUGUGGCACACCUUACAAGAGCAAUUGAAUUUUACAUACACGGCGACGGACACCCUGUUCGGGUCGUUGCAAUCCGACGGCGUGACGUGGAACGGGAUGGUCGGGAUGCUGCAGACAGACGAUGCUGACGUGGCAGUGGCGCCUUUGUCCAUCACCCAAAUCAGAGCUGUGUCCAUCGAUUUCACCAUUCCUAUACAGAUCGUGAGCACCCGGAUUUACCUACGACGUCCAGUCCUGGAAAGUACCUGGACCCUCUACUCCCAGCCAUUCAGCAGGAACCUCUGGCUGUGUGUGCCCAGCACACUGCUGGCUUGCGCUGCCACCCUCUGGAUUCUGUGUAAAAUCUCCUACAUGGUAGGAUGCGACGACUAUAAGGUCUCCUUCGGUGACACCGUAUGGAGUAUGUUCAGCGCCCACGUCCAACAAGCCGGCGACAUGGAACCCGAUCCGGUGUCUGGAAAGAUCGUCUACUUCGCCGGUUACUGGACAGGAAUGAUCCUCCUCACCUGCUACUCCGCCAUUCUGGUGUCCAUCCUGACCACUCGUCAGCCCCAGCUCCCCUUCAGCGACUUCACAGGGCUGCUUAAGAGGCCCGACUGGAAUCUCGGCGUCCGAACCAAUACUGCGCUCUCAGACUCUCUCGCAUUAGCUCCAAAAAAUUCUCCUGAGAGAUUAUCCUGGGAAAAAGUGGUGGGUAAGGACCCCAUCAGAAACCUGCCAUACAACAAUAUGGAUGCCUUGGACUAUGUACUGAAAGGUAAAUAUGCCUUUUUUGCCAACAAAGAAUACAUCAUUUACUUACUCCAGAAUGUUCUUCCUGUUGAGAAAUCCAUGGAAAUCGUGGAUACGAAAAAAGACUUCUUACAGAGGGGCAUUGGUUUUGGACUUCAGAAGGGCUCUCCAUACACAAAGCUUUUCAACCAUGUCCUAACUAAAAUGACCCAAAAGGGUCAUCUCAAUCGUCUGAAGAGAAAGUGGUGGCCUAACAUAGCCAGUGACCCUGAAGAACCAUAUCCUAUCCCAGGUUUUAAUGAGGUGUUUACGUUGUUCAUCAUCUGGGGAAGUGGCAUGAUUCUUUCAAUGGUGUGCUAUUUAGGAGAAAGUUUCUUUGGGAGAGGAAACAAAAUGAGUUCUGAUUUGGUCGAGGAUAUAUGGUCUUCAAACGUAAAGUAAUCAAGAGGUCAGUUGUCCGCAAUUCACAUAAAUCACGUAUAUUAUUACCUCAGUUUUUUACUUUUUCUUGAGGGAGGUAAGGAGGGUCAGGGAUAUCUACUGAAACUACUUAAGAAGGUAGUGAUGCUUAUUUUCGCAUGGUAUGGUUAAUGAAGAAGCCUUCAGUUUUACUGCCUGAAUUUUUUAAAGAUAUGUGCAUGAACUCACGGCGAGUAAUGUGACUCCUUGUUUGAACACUUCCACUUGAAGCUUGCAUAAUUUUGACAGACGUGUAUAAUACAUCAGAUUAUAAUAGAACAGCCAUCAAAAUGACAGUAAUAGUGAAGAUCAAGAUGAAAAAUCUGACCAUAGAGUCAAGUGAUUUUGUCUGUUACAAACUAACAAAUAUGGAUUAACAGUGCAUUUCAUACAAAAAUGAGAUGUUUAUGAAUAUAUGUUAGCAUCACAAUAGAAAAGCAUUCUAGGCACCGAGGCUUUCAGAUAGAACAUGACCAUGCAACAUAAAAAUUAAGAUAUACUAUUGCAUCACUAUGUUACUUAAGAGGGUUUUUGGUUUUAAUCCUCAAUAGAAUGCAACAGAUUACUCUUCAGUACUGGAAUUCUGCAAAGAACAAACCUGAAUUUGUUUUAUUUAUUCUUCAUAACAAAUCAACACUUUCAUUUUGUAAAGUAAAAUAAGAUAUUCUUCUAUUAAAGGCAGUUUUGGUGCAGUAAAGACAAAGAAAACUAAGUAAAUAAAAUACUUACACCAUUACUCAUGAACCCAAGGAAAAUCUGCUUUUCCUGAUAAAGUAUGGAAAUCAAAUUCACUUAUUCACUUCUAAAUCCUGUAAACUAUAUAACAUUACCAUAACAUUAAGGUCAACUUUUGAUGAACCCUCCAGCAGUUCGUUGCACAAUUAUAACCAUCAUAGGUGGACUCCUGACUUGUGAUGGAUCUUCACCUUUCCCAAGUUGGAAUCAUCAGACUGCAGUCAAAACACUUCUCCUCAGGCUGCUGACAAAUAAGUUAGACAUAAUGCGUAUGAAAUA